CGUGUUCCUUGUCGUUCGCCGCAGUGCCUGGCGCCCGGGAAGAAGUGGUUGUGCGGGAAACACGCUCUCUGCAACCCGGCUCCGGACCUUGAGGUUUGUCGGUGGGAGGGGGCGGCAAGCAAAAAGAAACCUCUGCAUCUGCGUCUCCGCGACACUCCUGUUGACCUCCGUGCGACGUAGCCGCCGCCGCUGUUGGUUGGAGCAUUUGACAUCGUGCAGCAAAGAAAUGGUUAUGGAGAAGCCCAGUCCGCUGCUUGUAGGGCGGGAGUUUGUGAGGCAGUAUUAUACUUUGCUGAACAAAGCUCCAGAAUAUUUACACAGAUUUUAUGGCAGGAAUUCCUCCUAUGUUCAUGGUGGAGUAGAUGCUAGUGGAAAGCCCCAGGAAGCUGUUUAUGGCCAAAAUGAUAUACACCACAAAGUGUUAUCUCUAAACUUCAGUGAAUGUCAUACCAAAAUUCGUCAUGUGGAUGCUCAUGCAACCUUGAGUGAUGGAGUAGUUGUCCAGGUUAUGGGUUUGCUGUCUAACAGUGGACAGCCAGAGAGGAAGUUUAUGCAAACCUUUGUUCUGGCUCCUGAAGGUUCUGUUCCAAAUAAGUUUUAUGUUCACAAUGAUAUGUUUCGUUAUGAAGAUGAAGUAUUUGGUGAUUCUGAACCAGAACUUGAUGAAGAAUCAGAAGAUGAAGUGGAAGAGGAGCAAGAGGAAAGGCAACCAUCUCCUGAACCUGUGCAAGAAAAUACCGAUAGUGGUUACUAUGAAGCUCACCCUGUGACUAAUGGCAUAGAGGAACCUUUGGAAGAAUCUUCUCAUGAGCCUGAACCUGAGCCAGAAUGUGAAACAAAGACUGAAGAACUGAAACCUCAAGUGGAAGAGAAAAACUUAGAAGAAUUGGAGGAGAAGUCAGCUUCUCCUCCUCCUGCAGAACCUGUUUCUCUGCCACAAGAACCACCAAAGCCAAGAGUUGAAGCUAAACCAGAAGUUCAGUCUCAGCCGCCUCGUGUGCGUGAACAACGGCCUAGGGAGCGACCUGGCUUUCCUCCUAGGGGACCAAGACCUGGCAGAGGAGAUAUUGAGCAGAAUGAUUCUGACAACCGUAGAAUAAUUCGCUAUCCAGACAGUCAUCAACUUUUUGUUGGUAAUUUGCCACAUGAUAUUGAUGAAAAUGAACUAAAAGAAUUCUUCAUGAGUUUUGGAAACGUUGUGGAACUUCGCAUCAAUACCAAGGGUGUUGGGGGAAAGCUUCCAAAUUUUGGUUUUGUGGUUUUUGAUGACUCUGAACCAGUUCAGAGAAUCUUAAUUGCAAAACCAAUUAUGUUUCGAGGGGAAGUACGUUUGAAUGUAGAAGAGAAAAAAACAAGAGCUGCAAGAGAACGAGAAACCAGAGGUGGUGGUGAUGAUCGCAGGGAUAUUAGGCGCAAUGACCGAGGUCCUGGUGGUCCACGUGGAAUAGUGGGUGGUGGAAUGAUGCGUGACCGUGAUGGAAGGGGACCUCCUCCAAGAGGUGGCAUGGCACAGAAACUUGGCUCUGGAAGAGGAACUGGACAAAUGGAAGGCCGCUUCACGGGACAGCGUCGCUGAAGCCCCACUGUUGGCAAAGUCUUGGCAGUGGUACAUUAUUCAUCGUGUUUGCAUUCUUGUUAAUUUUUUUUGGCUUUGGAAUGUGACACAGCCUUUUUGAUCAUUUCUUUGAUGUGAAAAGCAUCUUUUGGUUAACAGUUAAAUUGAGGUGGACAAUUAUUUCCCCAAUUUCACAACAGGAUUCACAUUGUUAAUUUAUAAAUCUAGACUUGGAGAAUUACGGACUGAGAAAUGACCAUAUCCUAAACUGUCUUCAACAAAAUGAACUUAAAAGGACAUUCCCAACUGAAUUCAGGUCCUUUGAGUCAAAAAAAAAAAAAUCUUCUGCUGCACAUUUUGUUUAAGUGUUACUGUUUCUGCCUGUUAAUGUUGGAAACACAAAUAGUGCAAUUUGUGCAAUUGGAGAAUCUUGCCUUUUUUUCUUGGCUUCCCCCAAAAAUACAAACCAACAGAAACUUGUUACGCACUCAUCAAAAUGCACUAAUGGGUACUCUGAACUCAUUAAUAUUGACAUCUGCGACAGGAGGCAACAGGGAAAAAAUUCUUUCAUCUUCUUUUCCAGUAGAGAAUAGUUUGUGAAAUGAUGAGGGCAUUUUAUCUGCUUGCUGUGACCAGCGUGUGUACACAUAAACCUUAACAAGACUACAAGUAUAUUCCAGAAGGAAAUCAUUUAGUUAUGAACUAAACACAAUUCAGAACUUCAAAACUGUGGUCUUUUGAGUAUUAGACCAGGUUUAGUAGCUCCGUAGCUAAGAUUUUUCUACCUGCCCCUCUUCAGUACAGGGAUGGCUGGCUGCUCAACACACUCCUCCUACCCCCUUUUCCUUUCUUUAAGCUGUGUACAGUGAAAAUUGUCUUUACUGUAUUUUUGUUCUCUGGUAAUGUAAUAAGCAUGAUGGUGCCUUCUAUUAAUACAUCAUUCCAGUCUUGCUGGUAAUUUUGUACAGUAUAGUGUAUGAGUUGCUGUGCUGCAAAGCCAAACAGCUGCAAAAUGUUGAAAAAUCAUUGAAGUGUAAAAAUUGCAGUAUCUUUAAAAUCAGUAAAA